CUUGAUUGUUUAUUCUGUGACAUAUCUGAAUUUUCAUUUUGUUUUUUGUAAAUGUUCUUCGUUCCCAUCAAUAUUGUGCCACAUUUCAUUUGACGUGUAUUUCCUAUUUUCUCAAUUUCAGUUAUUGUAGCCUACAAGUACUCGAACUAUAUUUCAAAUGUCUAUAAUGAGCAUGUCAUCUACCAAACAGUGACAAUAGCUUAUGUUGGGUACACUAUGACUAGCAAUGCAGCCUCGGGGUGAAUGUAUCAUUCAUUAUAAACAAUUGAUUACAUUUGUAUUAAUACUGACAGAUGUCAUUCUGGUGAAUGAUGUGUACAUUCAUUGACUUUUUAGUUAAGUUAUUGAUCUAAACACUUCUUCACAGCUGACAACUGAAAUGGAUGUUGAAGGAAUAUAAAGGCCUGGGAUGAGUCCAGAGCUGCCUGCCUGCAUCCUGAACCCUCGCUGUAAGGGAUACCUCUCCAUGGAGACGCACUCCCAAAGGUAGGGGAGGGCUUUAAGGGAAAGGAGACCCUCACCUCGAUGGAGCAACAAGUCAAGAGAGAGAGGAUGAAGAAGGAGAGACCGUAGCUGUGGAGGGAUAAGAGGGAAGGCCUUACCUGACAAGAGGGGUGGAAAUCAACAGAAGGAGGGAAGAAGAGGAAAGAGUUGGAUGAAGUAGUGCAUUUGUCAGUUGCAGGAUGGGUUAUGAUCUGGAGAGGUUUGUGGGCUAUGUGAAUGAGGGUCUUCUGUGCUGUGUGUGUCGAGACGUGUUGGAGCGCCCCCUCCAGGCGCCCUGUGAACAUGCCUUCUGCAGCACCUGCAUCAGCAGCUGGCUGCUCCAUCACCACUCCUGUCCCGAGGACAGACUUCCACUGGACAUCAGCAGCCUCAAACCGCUGUACAGGUACAUGCGUAAUGACCUGACCCGUUUGCAGAUCCGUUGUGUGAAUGCUGGGCAGGGCUGUGAGGCGGUCUGCUCGCUGGAGAGCCUGCACACACAUGAGGAUGAGUGCGAGUUUGCCUUCGUAUCCUGCUCUAACACAGGUUGUCCUGUGCAGGUAGAGAGGCGGGGCUUGGAGGCUCACCUGUCCGAAUGUAACUUCCGCAGCAGGGAGUGUCCUAAUGGCUGCGGCCACACCCUUCUCUCCAUCGACCAAUCGCAUCACAACUGUGUGGCAGAGCUGCGCACCGAAGUGGAGAUGCUCAGGGCGGAGAUGUUGUGCAAGGUGGAGGAGGUAAGACGAGAGAUGGAGUCGAGGCUGGACUCACAGAGGAGACACAUGGUGCAGAAAGAGUCGCAGCUGAAGAACGAGGUGGAGGAGCUCAAGGGUCAGCUGUCCCGUGUGAUGUGCGACAUGCGGGCCCUGUUAGGAGCAGAGCGUCUGAGGAGACAGGAGCUGGCAGAGGCAGAGCUGGAGAAGAGGGAACUGCUGGAGCUCCUCAGAGACCUGCAGCCAACCAGGAGUCAGCAUCCCCUCGAACAGGCAGCCAGGGAGCAGCAUCAGGAGGACCAGCAGACGUCUGGGUGGGAACUACACGCCGAGCUGACGAGACACCAGCAGAGAGAGGCGUCUUUACACGCCUCCAGUCUUUCGCUACAUUCAGCUCAGGGCUUAAACGUGUCGGGUCCACCUCCAUCACCUCAGCUGGGAGAGGGGUCGCGCAAGGGAGGAACCAGGAGCCUGACUCUGGACUGCAUCAAGAGGAAGAGCCGGGAGGUGACGGUCAUCUGAGAAGACGGGACUGGUGGGAGGAUUGGCCAAACCAGAAAAGAUUUCUUUUUUUUUAUAUUUGGUUGUUUAAAACAAGAAUUUACCUCUGAAACUGUAAUGUCUGCCCAGUAGGUUCUGUAGUUUCUGGCAUUUACAGUCAUAGAUUUUUGGGAUUUUGAAAAAUGACAGUUGAAGGAGAACAAAACAUUCAGUCUAUGUACGCUGUUUGAAAGAAAUGAGUGGUCUCUUGAUUGUAGGCUAAUGAGAUACUGCAGACAUUCAUUCACUUGGUAGACUCACCCCUGAUCAUUUAUGCAAACUGAUUAUUCUGUAAUGUCAAUUAUUUUGUGUCCUUCAGGUUUGAAAUAAAAACAGUUACCUCGAGUAAUUUUCUUGUUUCUUUGGAUCAAAUUAUUCCUAGUUUCCUCAUCAUUUGCUUGA